AUGGCUUUGACCUCGCCCCCCCGCGGCGUCCAUCCCGGUGAUCUUCUGCUCGUCGUUCAUGAUUUCGAUGCGCGGGGCUCGGAUGAACUCACCUUGCGACGUGGUGAGAAAAUCGAACUGGUGGAAUUGGACGACGGAUUCGGAGAUGGAUGGUAUCUAGGGAAGGAAUUGAAAGAUGGGACCGUCGGUCUCUUUCCGGGAGUCUACACCACCACCGCCCCCAAGAUUCCCACUCGCCCGCAGAAGGAUACGCCGGAGACCGACGACCCCGCCCGACUGGAGAGCGAAAAGGACAAAUCGGAUCAUCUGACACCAAAUGCGACCGCUGCGUUGAGCUCUCCCAAAAGCGGCGAAUCCACCCCUCACGUUUCUCGACACGCCAGCUUGUCCGACAUGCGCUCGUCCGACCAGGACGGCGAGUCGGCCGCCCCUAGCUCGAACCCCUCGCCGUCCCAACCGCAGCGGUCUAGCUCCUCCCCGCUCCCUUCGUCCAAACUCGCCCUGGACCUUCACCACUCUCUGCGUCAAUCAAUUGACGGUCAUCUCAACGGCCAAACCAAAGACAGCCCCGUCAUGAACGAGACGCUCAGCGUGAUCGAUGAGCACAUCACCGAUCUCAGCACCCCCCGCCACAGCAUGGCCAUCACGCAAGAACCGAAGUCGAUCAAUGAUUCGGCCAGCGAGUACAGCAGCACCUUGGACCACCGCAUGUCCUACAUCAAUGGCCAGGAGACCGACGAGGAGGAAGAAGGUCACCCGACGGAGGCCGAGGUGCGCCACUGGAGCCAGUCCUAUACGGCCAAACACCUGCGCGAUAUAGGCGUCGACGCCAGGCACUGUGACAUUUUCGAGGAGCAGGAGAUCACCGGCGACGUGCUCCUAGACAUGAACCAGGAUUUCCUCUUCAUGAAGGAAUUUGAUUUCGGCGUCAUGGGCCGGCGGUUGAAGACUUGGCACAAGAUCAAAGCCUUCCAGGAGGAGGUCAAGGGAACGAGCCUGACGCAAUCUCGGAAGACCUCGCGCGGAUCCGGCUCUGGCUUCGCGACCCCCGAGGAGCGAACCCUCAGUCGUGCAGGCCACCCGGCCCCCUUCCUGCCCCGGAUUCCCAACUUGCGAGGCUCGGCCGGGUCCGCGCAGCAGCACCCGCGACUGGUCAGCAGCAGCAACAUGCCCAGCAACGCCAGCUCUCCCUUGACGCCGCAAACCCCCGGCACCUGGAUGGACCAUUCUCGCCGGCCCUCGGCGGCGUCGAUUCGCGAGAUUAACCACUCGCGACGACAUUCCUCGAUCGACGCCACGAAUCGGCUCUCGAGCGCCGGCGACUCUCCACCUCAGCCGGGCCAUCAGGGCAAGGGCUCCUUUGACCGUGCCUGGACCAUGUCCAGCGGUUCUCAGCGGCGCCCCGGCACGGCCGCGACCGCGACGAACGAUCCCAUUCUCCCGCAGCACGUCUUUCGCGGCCCCGAAUCGAACGGUUCGGAUUCGGCCGUCGCCGUCUCGGACGAUCUGGAUCGAGGCUACUUCUCCGGACCCGAGGGGGAUCCGCGAAGGACCAAGCGGCUGCAAAAGCGAACCUCCGUCCGGAGUGGGAGCUUCAACUCCGGACCCACGAGUCUGGCCGACCUGAACGUCAAGAAGCGCCACUCGCGCAUUGGCAGUGCCGAAUCCAUUCGGGAUGCCAACCCGCGGGCGGCGGCCACGAAGCCGGUCGCUACCACGCCCCCGAAGAGCCGCAUUCGGAGCCUAAGCCAACGCUUCUCGGAACGCCCGAGCCAGCAGGCAUCCCAGGUCGCCGGGGAGGAGAAGCCCGCUACAAACUCGGGCGGCUUCUUCGCCUCGUUCGCCCCGCUGGUCAACCGGCAUGAUUCCGACCCCGUUCCUCGAUCGAGUCCGGUGCCCCUGCAGCAACAGAUUAAGAACGCGGGGCGCAAGUUCCCGCGGGCCGUCGGUCUGCGCGCCAUGUCGGACGUGGUUGGCAAAGGUAUCGACACGUCCGUUCCUCCUGCCUCGCCCGUUCGAGACGCCGAUCCGUCCUCCGCGCGCACGGGGUCCACCACGCCGUCCACCACCAAGAGUUCGGAGCGCCACAGCACCGAUGGGUCGAACAAGGCCGCCGAGGGAAGCAUCUCGCUGCCGCGCACGCGCACCGUGAAGGGCGGCGUUAAGUCGAAGAAGGACACGAGUGCAUACACGCGAGGUCUGGAGAAGAAGACCCCACAGGAGCAAAUGCAGGGGUGCGAGUUCUCCGGUUGGAUGAAGAAGCGUUCGUCCAACCUCAUGACCACGUGGAAACCGCGGCUCUUUGUCUUGCGCGGCCGCCGGCUGUCCUACUACUACUCGGAGAAUGACACGGAGGAACGCGGACUGAUCGAUAUCACGGCCCACCGCGUGCUCCGCGCGGAUAAUGACCCUAUUGUCGCACUGCAUGCGACCAUCACCGGGGCUACGGCUUCGCCCACCUCGCCGGCCCCUUCUGCGGCCGGCGACCUCACAUCAUCUGACAAGGCAUCCGGGUCCGAAUCUUCCCUGCGCGGUCCCAAGAAUGGUGGGGAUGGGCCGUUCUUCUUCAAACUGACCCCGCCCAAAACGGGCACCUCGCGGACGGUCCAAUUCACCAAGCCCGCGAUCCAUUACUUCCAGGUGGACAGCGCUAACGAAGGCCGCUUGUGGAUGGCAGCGUUAAUGAAAGCGACCAUCGAGCGGGACAUGGAGAUCCCCGUGGAAACCACCAACAAGCAGCGCACCAUUAGUCUGAAGGAAGCUCGGUUGAUGAACCAACGACCCCCAGAGUUGGGGCCUUCUAAUCAAGCGGGCGAGGAGAAAGCCGAGCCACUCAGUCCGGCUGAUGAAGGGAGUGAGACCGCAGCGAACGGACUGGGUCCCGACGAAGCUUCGCAGCCUAAUGGCGAUGACGCGGAGAAGAGAUCCUCGAAUCCUCUGGGUGGUCUCGACACCGGACCGUCUUCUCUGCUUCCCGAAUCUGUUACCAAACCUGAAUAA